AUGCACGACGACGACAACUUCGGAGUUCCAAAACCAUUCCCACCAUCUCGCCCGCCUCCCUCCUCUGUACCCUCCAACGCCGCCAGCCGCCAGCCGCCAGCCGCCAGCGACAUGGGCGAGGGACCGCAGAAGCCUCCGGGCGGGCAGCGCGUCAUCCCCUGCGACGUCGAGCCGGCGCCGCGGGCCUGCUCGGGGCUGCAUAUGCUGGCUCUUGCCACCAUCCUCGUGCUCUGGGGCCUCAAGUUCCUGCCGGCCACCCACUUCUGCCACCCCGCCGGCCCCGGCCGCAACUGGAUCCCCUUGAACACCUCGCGCCACCCCGCGGAUGUGCCGCACCACGUUGGAAGUGUGGAUAUCUUCUCUUGGAUAAGCUGCAUGGAUCUUCGUACGCUUGCUGUGCUGACAAACUCCACACUGUCUAGCUCAAGUAAUCCACAUGAUCUAUCCUUCACUUUCUUGAUACCAGAAGGAGACAGUGAUCAAUUGCCCUUCUACAAGAUAAAAUCAGUACUACCUCAUUCAAUCGUUACCGUUACUAGUCAAAAGAAAAUCAAGGAUAAGCUAAAUGUUGCCACUCCAAAGGGAAACUUCUUAUGGUCAUUCCGCAAUGAGCUGUCACCAAUCAUUAUCGCAACUCAGUUCUCACGAAAGAGACAUGUUUAUAUCUCAGCAGACUCAAUUGUAAAGGGAAAUAUUGAAGACCUUGUCCGCGUUGAUUUAGGCAGUUAUGCCAUUGGUGCUGCUGAAGAUUGUAGCAAGCGCCUUGGUGAUUACAUCAGUAUGGAUGUUCUGCAUGCUGUUCAAAGAACAGCUCCAAAAGGUUUGGUCUAUACUGAACCUUUUGACAAGGACACGUGCUUACUUGACUUUGAUGUGCUUAUUGUGGAGCCACGCAAUCUGAAGAGGAAUCUGGUUGACUCUAUCACGUUCUGGGCCAAGGCUGUCAACCUAGCUAGUCAUAGGGAUGGCAUUAGGUUAGCAAUUACUCUGGCCUUCUAUAACGAUUAUCUGAACCUCCCUACCAACUGGAAGCGCGCAAAUGAUAACACGGACAUUCUCUACUACGACGGACCCAAGAGUGUUUGCUCUAAAGGCGCCAAUCUGCAUCAAGAAAAAGGCUCCGGCAAGGCCUGGCAACAGUACCUUAGUCAGAAGUCUGACGCGGCACUGAGCACCUGAAGAUGGCUCUUCAGACUAUGUUCUCCACCGUUGGGGUGGCGUGGCAAUGCUUUGCUGCGGGAGCUAAAUAAUGGGAGUGCGGACGGGACAAACCCGACGUCCGUGCUUGUAAGUGACUUUAUGGUACCGCCAUUUGUAUAUGCGUCCAUGUCAAUUUGGAA